AUAAGCAGAAGGAGAAAUAUAUUUUGAAAAAGUGAUUUCAGCUAGUUACAGAUAAGAGACGUUAAGAGUUAACGUAGAGAUGUUAACUUUGAGUUACAUUUGGGUCUAUUUUAAUUUUUUGUUUUCGUGUUGACGUUGUUAUAGUUACAGUUAAGUUAAAAUAACACAGAUGAGUGUUGAUAAGUUUCAGUUAGCCUCAAGUUAGCCAGCUAGCUUCAGUUAGCCUACUCUGCUAGCUAAUGUCUGUUAGACGGGCUCUGGUGGACUGUGUUGUGUUGUCUCUGCAAGAUGCCUGUGUGUUUUAUCCGUGCUGCAAAGGCUGCUUUUCAAGGAUUGAUGCUGAAGGACAGGACACGACGAGAUGCAGAUGUGUUAAGUGUGGUUACAGCUGUCUGAGGGAACAGGUUGACUACAGGUAUCGUCUCUCAUUGAGGGUGACCCGGGACAGAUGCAUAUUUGGAGUGACAGUGUUUGGGACCUGUUUGAACCAAUUCUUUGGCAUUCAUGCAAGUGGUUUACAGAGGCUGGUGGAGAACACGGACGGAGCAUCAGACAGAUCCACAUUGUUGGUGAAGGCUGUCAAGGACUGUUUCAUUGGCAGACGUUUCAUCUUCGGUAUAAAGGUAUCCGAAACAGAAAGUGCACCUUGGUUAGGAGGACCUGUUUCCAAUGGCUUCAGCAGUAAGGAAGCAGUCCACUUUAUUGCCAGUCAGAUGCUUCUUCCCAAAGCUACCGGCCUGGGCGGCUGCACGGUGGUCAGUUAUUAUCGGAUCCUUCUUCAGAAAGCUGCAGAAUAUGAGCAGGAAUUAACUGCCAGACCCCCAGCAACAACCCUGCUGCUGAUUCCUCGCCAUUUUCCAGCCAGCAGCUUCAAUAAUGCCACACUUUCUGCCUCAGGUCUUCUUUCCCAGUCACUUCAAAGUUCACAGAACCAAGAUGGCUCCCUUGCUCCCACUCCUCCAUGGGAACAGUCACUAGGACUAGUAACUUCAUCAGCAGAGCAGGAGGAUGACCGCAGCACCCAGGACAGCGGAAAUGAGAACAGCAGACAAACACCAGAUCAUGCACAGAGAGGCUGCUCGCAGAACCCUAAAGUCACAGAGGAGAGAGCGCUGUCAGCUCUUCUUUCUUUAGAGUGCAGCUCUUCCAGUGGUCCGUCAUUUGCCAAAUACCCGUUAUCAUGUGUUGAGAAACCUGUUGGAAACACCCCCAUCCUGAAGACUUGGUUCAGUCCUCCUCCACCUGGCCACAAUACCUCCAAGGAUUUAUCUACCAAAACAUUUUUGUCAGACUCCCUGGCUUGGGAAGAUUUGCCUUUCUCUGAGAGUCUUUCAGAGUUUUUGUGUGAGGAAAACAAAGACUUCAACAAACAAACUGAGCUACAUCAAAAUGUGCAAAAUCAAAAAGAGACAUCAAAAAACAACCUGGAAAUCAAUUCACAAGACAAGAGCGUAUCACAUAAAUCUGUUUGUCAAAGUGAUCCGCAGAUAACAGACAGCCAUUCACAGAUAUUACAGGAUAUCACCCACACACCUGCACCGAGUGGAGGAGACAGAGAUCGUUUAUCUGACCAGGUAUAUAAGGACCCUCUUGGAUGUGCAAGCACAAGUCAAGCCAGAAACGUUUGUUUCCAUGAGGGUAAUCAGGAGUAUAAGAAAGAACAUUCUCUCUCUUUUGAAAAUGAAGAGGAAGAGGAGCUCGAAGGGGACACCUAUAAUUGUUCGGCAGACUUAUUCGGUAGCUCACUCGUAAUCGAUGUGAGCACAAACAAGCUCAACACACAUGCAGAAACUGACCGGACAACCACAGAAGCUCGCCCGCCGCUUCCCGAACCAAGAAAAAAGCACAUGAGGAGUGAAAAGGCGACACAUUUAACACCUGACGAAGUGACUCUGAAAAGUAAAAAAUGCAUUAACAGACGCAGUUUAAUUCCAACAGACACACAAGAUCUUGACUUCAUCCCUGCCUCUCAGUCCACCCCCAUUGUAAAAGUAGGUGUUGUGACAGGCUCACACAGAACCUUGACAUUAGCUGAAGUCAGUCCACAACCUGACAGUCAAGAUUCUGGUGCCUUUAACAGACGUCUGCCUGAAUUGGACAGUAAAAAGAGCACUACCUUUUCUCUGUGUAAAUUAAACUGUGUCAGUGCUAACCAGCUGGCCCAGAGUGUCAGAGAGUCUACCAAAGAAAACUCUGCGUGGAGUUUGACACCAAGCCGACACAGAUUUACCCCAAAAAGGAGGUUCUGGAAACCACACAAGCAUAAAGACCAUCCGAGAGUCCACAUAGGGGCUCCAGGGUCAACCGGAAGGAUCCACCACAAAUGGGACUCAAGUGAUUGUGAUGCGACUGUCUAUGAUUGUGAAGACAAUGAAGUAAUUGUUCCUCCAACUCCUACUGCUGAAAGACAACUGAGUGCAAAGCUCAGAAGAAAAAGGUGGACUGGUAACAGCAGCAGUAACUUUGGUUGUUGUUGGGAAGGGCAGCAGGGAGAUGGAGUUAACUGUAAAAGAACUCUUUUGGAUCAAACUCUUUCAUCAUCACAGAAAGGUCUGGCACAAACAGGAAAUUGUGACAGUGAGAAGGUUGAUGAGGGGAGUCUGGAUGGGUCUAAUUGUUACCCCCUUAAUGAUGAGAAUGAGGCAUGUGAUUGGUCUAGAGAUCUAUUCUCUGAUUCGGUCUGAGAGUUUCAGGCCAGCAAGCUAUGAUAGACCAGUGGUUCUAAAACAGGGGUCCCUAAGAGUUUCAAGGGUCCCCAGAAAAAUGGGGAAUAGUAUUUUUCAGUAUUUAAUUUGUUAUAGAAGUGAGCCCAAUCUGAGUAAUCGUCAUAAAGCUGAAAACACACUGGUACCCCUGCAUCAUGUGCCGCCCCUAGCACACACUGGACGUGUUGCACUGUAGCUUGUCAACAGACGACCACGCAAAGUUGUUACUACUUUUACUGAAAGAUCUGUACUUCCUCCACCUCUGCAUUAGCUUAUAAUCAUGUAUGGAGAGCGCCUAAUUAAACUUGAUUUCUCACCUGAAGAGCCAACCUCCAGGGCUAUGACUUGCCAAUAGCUUUUUGGUCAUUGCCUUUAUAAUGACAGGAUUAUCAUCAUCAUCUUUCUCAUACAUGAGACACAGCAACAGCAACAAAGUUCUUUUUAUACAUCAAUGGUGAAGAGAGGAGUCGAGCUGCUACGGGAGCUGGUAUGUACAAGAGAACAAGUGGGGGAAAAAUGCAUUUAAUUCCAGGGUGGGCAAGGCUCAUCCAGGAGCAUCAACACGCGUCUAGCUGCUACCAGUGUGGGGUUGUACUUUGAAAAUAAUAGGGACGUAUUUUUUGACGUGCAGCAUUCUCUGCUAGUGUGUUUUAGCUUUAAGAGCAACUUUUCUGAUCACAGGUCUCACUUCCUUCACGGUUAUCUCCUUAAAGGGAAAUUUCAGUUUAUUUCAACCUGUCUCCUAUCGUCCUAAAUGUGUUUCAAGUGACUAGCCUAGAUACAGCCGGGGCGCAUAGUAGUGUCAGACCUGUUAAAACGUAAGUGAACAGACAUAGUUCAAGUUCAAAGUUAGUCCACUAAACAAGCUUUUUUUUCCCACAAAGACCGCCUCAUAUCGUUAGGAUAAAUGUCAGAGAACAUAUAGAAAACGACAUGUAAACGUGUUGUCUUACCUUACCGGUGUGCUGCCAUGUUUGUUUACCAUUUAGCUCUGCUUUCCAAAACGCGGCAGAAAUAUCGCGAGAACAAGCAGCAAUCUCAUACCGUGCCUGAAAUCUGGCGAGCUCUAGAUAAAGCCCAGCUGGAUACUACUUCAGGUGGAGGUGUCUUGUCCUCGGUCACAUCCAGACCUUGAAAAUAAGGCUGCAACCAGUCCCAUUCCUUGCAACAGAGGCAUUCCUCUUCUGUGGGCACUGGGGCACAGCAUUCACAGGUACACCACCAAUCUCCAGAGCUACGCAGCCUUGCAGCAGCCAUUCCUCCUCUCUCGUCCUCUACCUGUUGUGCCUCUCUCUCUCCUCCUCCGUUCUUCAAUUUCACGAAGCUCUUCGUCAGUGUAUUCUGGCUCAAAUAAAUAAGGGCGGCCAUCAAACUCUGCAAAAUCAAAUUCCUCCUCCACAAAGUCGAAGUCUGGCAAAAAGUCAGUCAUUAUUCUAUAAAUCUUUCGUAAAAUAAAUGAAUGAACUUUUCAGGCUACUGUCCGGUUCUGCCUUCCAGCUGUUGCUGCUUGUUCUCGCGAGAUUUCAGGCACAGUAUGAAAUCGCUGCUUGUUCUCGUGAUAUUUCGGCCAUGCUUUGGAAAGCAGAGCUAGAUGGUAAACAAACACGGCAGCACACCGGUAAGGUACAAUUUAGACUUAUCAGUUAUCAAUCAAUUAACCUGCAUGUCUUUGGACUGUGGGAGGAAGCUGGAGUACCUGGAGAAAACCCACGCUGACUCAGGGAGAACAUGCAAACUUUGCACAGAAGGUCUCCCCUGCCCUGGAUUCGAACCCCCCACCCUGGCCUCUUGCUGUAAGGUACAUACAUACAUACAUAUAUGUAUGUAUGUAUGUAUCUGCCAAUAUAUUCCCCUGAAUCCUGCACACUGGACCUUUAAAUACUGAAGGCAGGAGAAAGACCGUUGAGAGGCACUACAGGAGAGGAGCCACCUCAUCUUCCGUUAUUUGCACUUUAUGUUUAAAAAUGUGAUAAUUGGUGGGUUUAGCUGCCUUGGGCAAACUCAUCACUAAAAGUUUGUAAAAUCAAGCAUACAGCCAUUAGAUUUCCAUUGACAAACAUUUGCAGUAGGUUUUAAUGUUUGUCAAAAUGAGUCAAGCUCCUCUGCGCAAAAAUUCCCAUUUCCAGUGUUACAGAUAAUUAAACCUACCACGUAGCCUUAAACCAUCUUUUUACUUUGCACUUGUACUUACCUACUGGCAAAAUGUAGAUGAACC